CAUGGACAGGCUGCACAUCUCUCUGCUCAUUCUCUUAGGAGCUGUUUCUUGCAGUCAUGAUUCAGUGUCUGGAUCAGUGUUGGAGGUGACAGUCAGACCAGGAGACAACAUCACUCUCUACUGUGACUGCAAAUUAUCAUCUGGAGUAUACAUAGUGUGGUACAGGAACUGCUCUCAUGAGAACCAGCCUUCUCUUGUCCUUAAAACAAAACACCCUUCAAAGAUGGUCAACACUGAAGAUGACCCUCUGAAGAUUCUGCCUCGUUUUCAGUUUGUGAGAAACUUUUCUUCUGCAUCCUAUGACCUGCUGAUCAUGAACAUCACUCACUCUGAUGAGGGUCUCUACUACUGUGGAACUGAACAGACCAAGGUGGAGGAUAAAGAAUACAUUACUCCCAAAACUAUUUACAGAUACGGCAACAUCACAACAAGGAUCAUAUUCAAUUCCAACUCUGACUGCAGUGGGUGCAUCUCAGAUCAUGUACUUGUUGUGCCCUGGAUGAUGGUUUUCGCUCCGGCCCUCACUAUUCUCUCCUCCUUCAUCAUCUUUGUUUUUGUUUAUCACUUCUGUCAGAAAACAGAUAACAAACCUCAAAUUCUUCAGAGAGGACCUGACACCAGAGGACAUAAAAGAUGGGAUCAGGGUGAAGAUGUGUUUUUCACACGAGUUGUGUUCCGGGCCAAGGAUGGACAAACACACCAAUAGAGAGAGGACGGACAGCACCAGCACAUUUGUUUUAUUCAAGAGGAAACCAAAUAGAGCAAAAUGAGCUCCACUUCAAACGUGUCAGAUUCAGGUCCGCAGUUUAAGGUGUCAUAUCCUCGGGGCGUUGGUGGCUUGGUGGUAGAGCAGGCGCCCCAUGUACAGGGCCAUUGCCGCAGCGGCCCGGGUUUGACUCCAGCCUGUGGCCCUUUGCUGCAUGUCUCUCCCUCUCCCUCUCCCUCUCUCUCCCCUUUUCACACUUCAGUAUACUAUCAAUUAAAGGCAAAAAAUGCCCAUAAAAAUAUCUUUAAAAAAAAAAGGUGUCAUAUCCUCUUGUGUUUCCAGCCCAGUCGCCUGGAGAAAAUGUUGGCAGUGUACGUUUCUGAAAACCAACAAUAUGUUACAUUUGCACGUUUUUUUUUAUCAUAUCACAUUUCUAAAGUGACAUCAGGGCUGCUGCUGGCCAUUUGGGUGCCCAAAGCGUAAUUGCUAUGUUGUGCUCUAAACUGUACAAACUGUGCAUAUAUGUUCCACUACAGCAGAUCUAUAACACAGGCAUUUUUCAUCAGUUGCGGGAGGCUCUACAGAGGCAUGCAUGUCUGCAUUACCUGCCUACAAGGUCGUUAAUAAGUCAUCAUAUGACAGCUUCUGAGUUCUGAAUUGAUAAUGAUGACAGUAAGUCCAAUUAAACGGUCCUGUGCCAUGAAUGCAGGUAUGUGUUAAUGACCAUACAUUUUGAAAAACUUCACUCAGCAAAGGCAACUGACUGUAUUUAUAACCUUAUUAAUAACCUAAAAGCGCAAGCGCAC